UUGUGGACCCCUGCCUCUAAGGCAACUGCCACCCACUUGUUGAUACCGCCCCCGAACAAUUCAUGAAAUAAGUGCGACCGCAGGCUAGGCCGUUCAAAAAAUAACCACCGAGCGCAGAGGUGGUAAUGCCGGCGACGGCCAUGUUCUCAAAUUUCAAGUCGCGGGUGGGAGGGGGCGGUGGGGCCCCACAGAACGUGCUCGACCACAAUCCGAUUACACAGCACUUUGAAAUCGGUAAACAGAGUGCAUCCGCGGGCCCGGAACUCGUCUGGAGGAUACACGACGCUUACAGAAAAUCGGAUAGAAAGGAAGUUUCUGUGUUCGUGUUUGAAAAAAAGUGUGCGGAAAAGCUCCACAAGCCUAAACGGAAAGAGACCGUUACGGAAUUAUUACGGGAAAGCGUUAGGCGGUUGGAGAGAUUCAGGCAUGCCAAGAUUCUACAGGUGGUUCACUCGGUCGAAGAAAGUGGCGACACACUUGCGUUCGCCACUGAACCUGUCCUGGCGAGUUUAGCAAAUAUUCUAGCCUAUCAGGAAGCGGGAGGAGGGAAUUCUGGCGGACCCACGACUGGAGCGUCGCACCUCCAUACCGCCCCGAGGCACCAGCAUGCGAAAGAGUACCAUUUCUUAGACAUGGAGCACAAGUACGGAAUCCUUCAAAUAACCGAGGCCCUCUCCUUCCUCCAUUAUUCAAACCACGUGCUUCACCGCAACGUUUGUCCGAGCAGCAUCCUUGUAACGAAAAAAGGUACAUGGAAGCUAGGAGGCCUGGAAUUCACAGAGCGAAUGAACGAAGCAGAUGGGAUUGAGCCUGUAUCUUGUCAAUCGUGGUCGUCGAGGCUACCAAAAAUGGCCCAACCGGAUCUAGACUUUAUUGCACCUGAGGUACAAACGAUGUCACAGUGCAGCAUCAAAAGUGAUAUGUUUUCGCUCGGGAUGGUCAUAACAUCGAUAUUCAAUUCUGGUCGUCCACUCAUACAAGCCAACCACAGUUCAUCUUCUUACGUCAAACAACUGGAAAUGUUAGACGAACUCGUCAGCAACGUUCUUUCAAGAAUUCCAAUACCACUUCAAGAAGCGGUAGUCAGAUUACUGGGGAAAGACCCCAAACAAAGGCCGACGGCUCAAACGUUGACACUUAUUACAUAUUUUAGUGAUCCUUCUGUCCAGGCGCUCCAGUUUCUAGAUGUAAUUAAUAUGAAAGAUCCGACUCAGAAAAACCAUUUCUACAGGAACACCCUCAAAGAUGCUCUCCCCUACAUUCCCAGGAAACUGUGGUUUCAACACGUGUGGCCUUGCCUGCAACAAGAAAUGAGAACGCAAGAAGUACUAGCGUCUGUUUUACAACCGAUUAUUUACCUUAUUCAGGAGUGUUCUGUGGAAGAGUACGAGCAGAUAAUACUACCAUCAUUUAGAAAUGUUUUCGGCAUACCAAAAACGAUUCAGGCGACGGUCACACUUCUCGAGAACCUGCAUCACAUUUUAGAAAAGACGCCGAGGUCCGAGAUCAGGACGGAAGUGCUGCCGAUGCUCUACAACUCAUUCGAAAGCACGACGAUACAAGUUCAAAGUGCAGCACUCGUCGCCGUCACGAACGUUUCCGAGUACCUUGAUGAGACGUCGAUAAGAAAAAUGGUCCUCCCGAAGAUGAAGGCUGUCUACGAAAAAAAUUCCGCCGAUCUCAAAUUAGUCCUUAACGUGUUGAGCUGCAUCGAGAAAACGCUCGACAGGUUGGACAGGGCCCAAAUUAUAGACGAGGUACUGCCGCUUCUCUGGGACGUAAGACUGCAGGACGCGGAUAUCAUUAUAAGAGUAGUCAAUAUUUACCGUCAGAUGUUGAGUGAUAAAAAGUACGGACUGUCCGUCAACGUAAUGGCCACCAGGGUAAUGCCUUCCCUUCUUCCGCAGACCGUCAAUCCCGCUUUGAAUCUCGAGCAGUUCACAGUUCUUUUAGAAGUUCUCCAAGAGAUGCUCGAACACAUAGACAGAAACCAAAGGAAUAAACUUAAGCUGGAUAACAUGUCGCUUCCGAGCCCCGAAAGGCACAGGCCUUUGAGGCACUUGUACAGCUCCGACAAUAUGCACGUACCACCGUUCAACAUACCGAACUUGAGGAUCGAGCAAAGGAAGACCUCGUCUGCAGAAGACAUGGCAAGGAAGAACAGUACAGACUCGGGUGUGCUAGGUGGUUGGUGGUUUGGGGGUUCGCCUUCUUCGCCUGACACCAACUUCCUGAGAGUGGUGAACGCCUUCCCGAAUAGAAGGCUUUCAGACAACACGCUCAUGACACCGAAGAUAAGGAUAGCACCUUCGUGUGCCAGCUCGCCGGGCGGCACUCCUGGAGGGACUCCGGGCUCAGGACUUCCUAUUAGGCGGCAUUCGAGCAUUUGCCCGCAGGAGAGACGAGGAUCGACUAUCAACCUGUCGCCACCGACGGGGUUCCACUAUGGUUCUGUAUCCCGAGAAGGGUCUACUCUGUCAGUGCCCUCAGCGUAUCUUGCUAGGAGCAUGAUUGGGGGGAGUAUGCCAAAUACUAGCAGCAGUGUCCCGUUCCUAUUGAGCUCAUCAAUGCAAAGCAUCAGAUCACGAAGGCCAUCGGCAUGUCUGUCUAGUUCUCAAGGAUCGGGACUACUACAGCAGCUGGGCUCAGGCAUGGUAAGACAGCUAUCAUCCCAGCAGGUCAACGGAAGGGCAUUCCCUGGUUGCAAUUACCAACUUUUUUCUGGACGGUCAUAAGUUAGAAUACCAGAUAGAAUCUAAUGGAAGAACGCCAAUAAUAAUAUAUGAAAGAAAGACGAAGAGGGGAAAUCGACAAGACGAGAUAGACCCACCCUUAAUGAUUUGACUUCUCGAAUUACUUAUCUUCAGAUGUGACCUGUAGAAAACCAAGAAUUACCGAAACUUAAAUCCGUAGAAAUAAUAAAUACCAAGUGUAAAUGUUUUAAAGGAGACAUAAAUUUACUCUUUUUGUAUUCCUCUAAUUGCCUUUAUUCUUGUAUAAAUAUUAAAUGUGAUGUAUAAAAAUGUAUUUUUGGAUUGUACAAAUUGUCAAUUGCCUGUAAAAUACGCCUCUUGAAUUGUGUAUAAACAAUAAAUUUCUAUGUACAGUUGUUAACUUUGUGGUACAAAGUAUGUAAGUGAGCCGAUCUACAUGGGUUUCACAUCCAGAAAUUGCAAUAAACUUAAUAACUUAAGUAUAUAAAGUGAGGAUUGAUGAAUAUAUUAAAUCAAUUUCUCUUUUUUCGAAUAGUGAAUUGCAUUAUAAUAUCAAAAACAUUCUCAUAAUUCAAUUUCACUUAAAAUUUAUAUCAAUACUCUGAGUAUUGGUGGAAAUUUUCCAUAUCCACAUUAUAAAAACCACAGGCUUGAACCAAUUGCAUUAAAAUACCAUAGAAUCGUUUGAGUAUAUAAGUUGUGUUAGUGCCUUUUAAAAUUAAAUAUUACAACAUGGGGUUAAUAUUUUUGUAAUUGGCUUAUCAUUUCAGAUGUGAGAUCAAAAGGGCAAUCCUGAUGAUCAAUUUGUAAACAUUCUGCUUCAAAGCUAAACAAUAUAAAUACCCAUUCAUAACACCAACAAAUUUAUAAAUUUAUAUCAAAUAUUAACUUUUCUCGAUAUAAUUAUAGUAUUUGAUACAAAAACCACGUUUAAACUUCAUACAUGUAUCGUUACAAAGAAAAGUUGUUUCUGCAUAAUUUUCCUAAUUAAAAUUUUAAAAAUACGGUAGCAGUCAACGUAUAGUAUUUAUUCUUAUUGUAGUAUUUAUAUAGAUGAGCACAAGAAUUUUACAUUGUAUGUUCAGCUUUCAGUACAACGGUAUUCACCCCAAAUACAUUUACAAGAUAGACAUUUUAAAUAUUAUCCCUCAAUCUAAUCAUAUCCUUCAAAUUAAUCUGCACAAUUAAUCUGAUUGGUUUAGAAACAGAUUCACUUGUCCAUUUGAGAAAAAAAAUAUUUUUAAAAAAUAUCCGUCCACCACGUACCAUCCAUUUUCCACCCGCAAGCAAACCUUCAAUCUUCAUAUUUAUUUUAAUCUAGAGCCUAUUCUUAACUUUGUGUCUCUUGUGUCUCAGGAAAUUUGUUUAAAAACAGUCAUACAAGCAAUAAUUCUUCACCUGACGGGCGAAACUGGAUAAUUAGAAAAACAAUAUGUUCAGGAUUGAGAUUUUGAAGUUUAGUUAAUAUUGUGCUUAUGUUUGGUGUUUAGUGAUCGUUAUUUUUAUGUUCACUAAUUUCGUGGUCCGCUUGACCAAUUAAUACU